GUACGGAGAGGACAUUUUGAAAAGUGGGGAGAUUUUGCAAUAUUAGAAGUUUAGUUCACGUUUGCUUGAUCGUUUGCCAUACAUUUGUUAAGAUCGUGCCAGUGCAGUUUUGCAUACAUCCUACUUCGCAAGAAAAUCUUCGUUUGAAAAAUGUUCCUUGCUUUUGUAUUCAUAACAGCUGCAUAUGCUGCAAAUGACCUACCUUCCUACAUUCGCAUAUGUGGACGUAACAGUUCCAAUGAUGUUUAUGGUCAAUGCAUUGCAGACAACAUCAAUAAUGUGAAGAAUACGAUUUGCAGUCAAGGCUUACCAGAAUUUAACGUUCCUCCCGUAGAGCCAAUGAUUAUUGACAAAAUAGUUGUUUAUGACAGAGAUAGUUUUAAAUUGAUUAGCACAGAUGCAAAGAUAAGAGGUCUUUGUGAUUUCGAGAUAACCUCUCAUAACGUAUCAUCUGAUAAGCUUCGUUUUGAGAUUGAUUUCAAAUUUAAACGUCUUACUGUAGAUGCUAAGUAUGACUUCGAUAUACAAAUACUGGUGUCACUUGCUCAUAAAGGAUUAAUUCACGUUACUGGAGAUGACACAGGCUUAAAGUGGGAAGUACAAUUAAAAGAGGUAACGAAGAAUGGUAAAACAGAAAUAUACGCAUCGAAAGUAAAAACGAAAUUAAUUAUUACAAAAAAAAUCGGUUUUGAAUUGAAUGACAAAGAGGAGGGCUUGUCUCAACUGCAUGAAAUCAUUUCCAAAACUCUAAACGACAACUACGAGGAAAUUAUAAAUACGCUUAAGCCAUCAAUAGAAGCGAAGGCAUCUAAAAUUAUUAUGUCAAUUUUAAACAAAAUAACUUAUAACAAUUUUGAGCAAAUGUUUCCUGAUGAAGCAUAAAAACGACUAGAAUUUUAAGGCUCACUUUGUAAUGUCUUUUUAUGCAUCCAAUUAAAAUAAAAAAUACAAUUUAAAUGUAUUAUUUAUAAUGUAUUCCAAAUAUUAAUAACAAUAAAAAUACAGUUUUACAAAAA